AUGUCGGGGGAAAUAUUUUUUGACUUCGGUGUGAAACCUGUCAAGAAACGGAAAAGUCAAGUUCGUGAAAGUCAGCCGGGAUCAACGGAAAAUAAAGAAGCGGAUAAAAAUUCGACAGAGGUCAGAGGUGAAAGGAAAAAACAUCACAUUUGGAAACGUACUGACUAUGCAAAAGCUAAUGCUGCAGAUAUAAUGAGCUUUUACGGCGGUGGUAAACAAAAUGAAAUUGAGCAACCAACAACUCGAAUGAAACUUCGCUUAUGUAUGUUAGAAGUUGAAAUUUUAAUUGAUGCUAACUUUAUCAGUAGCAAAAGUUCGGAGAGGAAGGAGAAAAAAGCUGAAAAGGAUGAGGAAGAAUUGAUCAGUUUAUUGAGUGAAAAAGAUACAAGUGAGAAAGACGAGAAGGAACGGAAAAAGCGGAAGAAAAGGAAAAAGAAACGCUUGGAUGAGCCAGCAGAUGACCUCGAGAUAGAUAAAAAGCGUCGACAAUGGUCGAGAGCGAAGAAACGUCGAUCAUUCAGGCACGAAGAUUCCGAAGAUAAAACGGAUGAUGAAGAAGGUACUGGAUUGGGUGAAGAAGCAAUGAAUGUUUCGGCACCUGCAACCGAAUCGUUAUCCCAAUCACCUUCACCUUCACUUCUCGAGGAAAACACGAAAACAGCACUAUGUGCGCCAUCAAUGGAAUCAAUGAUGCCAGAAGAUGCUGAUGAUGUGGGUGAUGAAAAGCCACCGGUAAAUUAUAAAGCCAUGUAUGGGGAAGCAUCGGAAUCGAAGUACAUCGAUAUGAUGGAGUUGUCUGUUGAACUACGAUAUUGGAUUGUACUUGCUUUAUUCAUAUGUUUACUCAUCAUUUAUCGUAGUUUCUUGCCUCCUCUUCAAUGUGACACGAAAUUUCAAUGA